AUGGCGAGAAGGUGGAGGUGGAGCGGCCCGACCCGGCCCAAAGCCUGGCGGACUACCUGCGAGGCGAGGGCUUCACCGGCACCAAGGUCGGCUGCGGCCGUGGCCUCUGCGGUGACCCACAGGUCGAUUAACGCGUGCCUGGCGCCGCUGUGCUCGAUCGACCACGCGGCGGUCACCACCAUCGAGGGACUGGGCAACACGCGGGCGCCCGGCGCGGCGCAUCCGAUCCAGGAGCGCUUCACGCUGGCGCAUGCGAGCCAGUGCGGCUUCUGCACGCCGGGCAUGGUGAUGGCCUUCUACGCGCUCCUCCGCAGCCAUCCGGACGGUCUCACCGAAGAGGACGUCAAGGCCAACAUCGACGGCAACCUCUGCCGCUGCACCGGCUAUCGGCCGAUCCUCGACGCCAUGCGCACCUUCGCCAAGAACACCGAGUGCGCCAAGCAGGAGGUGACCAAGGACGAAAACGGUUACGUCGUGACGCACAGCCUCGGGCUCGAUGGGGCCACCUACCAUCCGCUGAACCUGACGUCAGAGCCCAUCUUCCCGCCCUUCCUGAUGACCCACCCUCCCCGCUCCGCCCACUACGUCGGCGACACGAUCGACUGGUACAAGCCGACCACGCUUAAGGCGGCGCUCGCGUUGAAGGCCAAGCAUCCCGAAGCCCAGAUCCUCGCUGGCAACACGCGAUUGGUCAACAAGAAGCUCCAGCCCACCGUCGUCAUCUCCGUGGGCCUGAUCCCAGAGCUCAAGGCCGUGGCGUUCACUGACGCCGGGCUGGACGUGGGCGCCGCGGUCACCCUGACCACCCUCAAGGACAGCCUCGUCGCGGCCGUCGCUACUCAGGACGAAAGCAAGACGUCGGGUUUCGCAGCGCUCGCCGAGCAGAUCAAGUGGAUCGGCGGCACGCAGGUCCGCAACAGCGCCACCGUGGGCGGCUCCCUCGUGGCCGGCCACAUCUGGGGCGGCCAGGAGGCGAGUGAUCUCAUUCCGGUGCUCGUGGUGCUGGGCGCCACGGUGACGAUCGUGGCGGGCAGCGGCGACCGCCGGAGCGUGCCCGUGUCGGCGUUCGUGAAGGGCGGCGGCAAGGUCGACCUCCAGCCCGACGAGCUGAUUCUCUCCAUUCACAUUCCUCACUCGCAGCCGGGAGAUCACGUCGAGUCCUACAAGCAGUCCGGCCGCCAGACGAGCAGCGCCUCCCUGGUCACGGGCGGAUGUCGCUUGCAGCUGGAGGAGCGCGACGGCGAUUGGGUCAUCAAGUCGGCCACCAUCUGCCUGGGAGGCGUAAGCCCCAAGCCCGGCCAAUCGGCCGCCAAGACCGAGGCACCGUCUUCGGUCUGCUGGCCGAGGACUAUCCCCGUUGAGGGCGAGGGCGCCGAGUACAAGCGCGCCGUCAUCAGCGGCAUCUUCUUCAAAUUCUACAGCAGGGUGGUGGCGCACGUGAGCAGCGAGGAGGACGUGUUCGCGCCCUACCAAUCGCGCGUCACACGGGGCCAGCAGCGCUUCGCCGAACCCGAGUCCUUCAAGGUGGUGGCCCACCCGACCAAGCACACCACCUCCCACAUCCAGUCCUCCGGCGAAGCCCUAUUCGCGGACGAUGUGCAAGCUCGGAGGAUGCUCUACGCGACGAUGGUGCUGGCCACGAAGGCGCACGCGCGGGUGGUGAGCAUCGACGCGUCGCCCGCACUCGCCCUCCCCGGCGUGCGCGCCUUCUACUCAGCCAAGAACGUGCCCGUCAACGUCGGCGAACUCUUCAAGGACGGAGUGCUGUUCGCGGCGGACGAGGUGCAGUACUACGGGCAGCCGCUGGGCAUCGUGGUGGCCGACACCCAGGAGCGCGCCUCCCGCGCCGCCCGCCUCGUCAAGGUCGAAUACGAGGACCUGCCGGCCAUCAUCACCAUCGAAGACGGGAUCAAGGCGGGCAGCUUCUUCGAGACAUCGCCCAUGUUCCACGACCACGUCGAGCGGGGCAACGUGGAGGAGGCGUUCAAGCAGGCCGACACCGUCGUCGAGGGCGAGUUCAACCUCGGCGGUGCCCUUCACUGGUACAUGGAGCCGCACUCGUGUCUGGUGGAACCCAAGGACGACGGCGGCCUUUUGAUCCACUGUACGGCUCAGAGCGUGGCCCUCGUGCAGGAGGAGGUGGCGUUCGCGUUGAACAUGCACCAGAAGGAUGUCGACGUGCGGGUGAAGCGCGUGGGCGGCGGUUUCGGUGGCAAGGGCACCCGAUUCUUCAUGUACUCCGCCGCCGCUCUCGCCGCCAAGCUCCUCAACAGGCCGGUGAAGCACACGCUGGACCGCGGCACUGACUCGCAGGCGGCUGGUACGCGUGCGCCCUACAACUUCAAGUACAAGGUGGGGGCCACCUCCGCCGGCAAGAUCAUCGCCGCCGACUUCCAGGUGUACGCGAACGGAGGUGCGGCGAUCGAUCUGUCGUACUCGAUCCUGGCCGAGACCAUCAACCACCUGGACAACUGCUACAACGUGCCCCACUUCCGCGCCGUCGGCAAAGUGAUCAGGUCGAACAUUGCGCCCACGAAGCCCUACCGCGGCGCCGGCAUCCCGCAGGGCAUCGUCGCUGGCGAGUUCAGUCUGGACCACGUGGCCCGCAAGCUCGGGCUGGCCCCCCACAUCGUGCGCGAACUCAACUUCUACCAGCAGGGCGAGGUGACGGUGGCCGGCCAGCACCUGGACGAAUGCAGCCUGGGCGCCGUGUGGCACGCGUGUCGCCAGCAGUCCGACUUCGACCGCCGCUUCAAGGAGGCGCAUGCCUUCAACCAGCACAGCACCUACGCCAAGCGAGGGGUGGCGGCGAUGCCGAUCAAGCAGGGCGUGGGUAUCGGCGGGGCGAUGGCGGUGUGGGCCAAGGCCUGCGCGCUGGUGCACAUCCUCUCUGACGGCACCGUCAUCGUCAACCACGGCGGCGUGGAGAUGGGCCAGGGACUCAACAUCAAGAUCGCCCAGUUGGCGGCGGAGACGCUGGGCGUGCCGCUGGAGACGGUGCACGUGCCGCCCACGUCCAACGAGGUCCUGCAGCACGGCGGCGCGACCGGCGGCUCCUUCACCUUCGAACUCAACGGCAGCGCCGCAUGCGAGGAGUUGAACGCGCGGUUGGCGCCGUUGAAGGAGGCGAUGGCGGGGAAGGCGUGGAAGGAGGUGGUCCAGGCGGCCCUCUUCUCGCGCGUGUGCCUCUCCUCCUACGGCUGGCACGCCGUCGACUUCGAGGACCGCAAGUUCCUCUACUACACCUGGGGCACGGCGUUUGCUGAGGUCGAGGUGGACGUACUCACGGGCUCCCACCGCAUCCUCCGGGUGGAGCUGGUGCAGGACGUGGGCACGAGCAUCAACCCCGCCGUGGACGUGGGCCAGGUUGAGGGCGCCUUCGUGCAGGGCGUCGGCUGGCUCACCUCCGAAGAACUCAAGUGGGACGCUCAGGGCCGUGUCGACCACAAUUAUGAGAUUCCGACGCCGGAGAGCAUUCCGAUCGAGUUCCACGUGAACCUGCUCAAGGGGCCCAACGCGCGCGGCCUGCUCUCGUCCAAGGGCAUCGGCGAGCCGCCCAAGUCGAUGAGCGCGACGGUGGCGCUGGCCAUCAAGGACGCCAUCGUCGCGGCCCGCGCCCAGGCCGGCCUGUCGAGCGACGACCUCGUGCUCGACCUGCCGCUCACCGUCGAACGCGUGCGCCUGGCCUGCGGCGACCUCGGCCUCGAGCACACCCUGGAGACCACCGUCAGGAAGUGA